CAUGAAGUCAUUUGAAUUUUCGAUCUUCACUUUCGAAAUAUUAUUUGUCGAAGCUUGAAAUAAUCAUAUCAUCUUUCCCAUUGUUCUCUUAUCUAAGCUCAGCAUGGCUCUCAGCCCUUACGAACUACACCGAGAGCAGAUGAUAGAGGAGAGGAAUGCAUUUCUUCGAGAGCUAUUCCCAGACAAUGAACUGGCAGAGCUCAAGCGUGAUAUAGCGCCCAAGAAACGCACACUAGUAGCACCCAGAAGCAAGUCGGUGAGCCACAUGAGGUCGCCGGCAGCACGGGGUCCAGUGCGGCGCAGUCCACGUCUUAUGGGCAAGGACAGCAGCAUCCCUAGACAACAGUAUUCACUGAAGAAGGAAAGAAAGGUCGGCGGGGAUUCGAUAGCGAGCCGCACCCGCCGUUCGCUUGGCCCACUUUCUAACUUGGCUUUAGAGGAUGCCACAGUGGCGCUAGUCACAUCAGCGAAGGUCUACGAUCCCAUCAAUGGUACAUCAUGCCAUCAAUGCCGCCAGAAAACGCUGGACUUGAAGACUACAUGCCACGGAGACAGCUGCAUUGGUGUUCGAGGACAGUUCUGUGGACCGUGUUUGCGGAAUCGUUACGGCGAAGACAUCACAAAGGUCAUCAAGAACAAGAAAUGGUUGUGUCCACCGUGCCGAGAGAUCUGCAACUGCAGCAUUUGUCUCAACAGAAGCGGACGUCGUCCAACCGGCAUCCUGAUCCACACGGCCAGAGAUAGUGGCUUUGAGAGUGUCCAUUCGUUUCUCAAGGCCGGCUAAGCACUCUUUGCACGACCGACAAAUACCUGAAGGCUAGUUGAUUUCCAGAUGUGUACGGCCUCUUCCACUACCACCAGCUCUACAUUUACAUCAAAGCAGUUUGUUUUGCCAUCCCAUAAUACCAACUUGUGUGUCUCUUACUGUGCAUGAAAACCGCCACAAUUUCAGAGACAUACUCUCGAUUCUGACAUCGGAUUUAUUUUCUUCAUUUCUCUUUUAUUCCCAAACACCAUCACAAUCAUAAUUUCUAUUUAGUAUUUACAGUUCCAACCGAAGUCUAUCCUAGUUUUCAUUAUACUCUUCCAUUCACUCUCACACAUGCCUCUAUUCUGAACCAUUAUGAAAGGCUCUAUUUUUAUAUUUCUGAGCACAAUCUGUUUUGUCCAAUAAAAGCUAAUAUUCGCAAUCGCAACACGUGCGUGUUGUGUAAUAUAUACGUGUACAUGUAUGCCGUCCCUG